AGGGCCGGGGGGGUCCCGCCUCGCCGCCCGGCCCCUUUGCAUUGCGCAUGGGCCCUCCCCGCCGGGUGGCCAUGUUGCAGCAGUAGCAGGCAGCGCAGAGGCAGCGGGCCGGGGAGCGCAGCACUGCACCGCGAUGGCCGUGGCCGUGGGCAGACCGGCGAGCGAUGACCUUAGGAACCUGUCCCUUUCUGGCCAUGUGGGCUUCGACAGCCUCCCCGAUCAGCUGGUCAACAAGUCAACGUCACAGGGCUUCUGCUUCAACAUCCUCUGCGUGGGGGAAACUGGCAUCGGCAAGUCAACGUUGAUGGACACUCUGUUCAAUACCAAGUUUGAAAGUGAGCCUGCGACGCACAACGAGCCUGGCGUGCGAUUGAAAGCCAGGAGUUAUGAGCUCCAGGAGAGUAACGUCCGUCUGAAGCUGACAAUUGUCGACACGGUUGGAUUUGGCGAUCAAAUUAACAAAGAUGACAGCUACAAGCCUAUAGUAGAAUAUAUCGAUGCGCAGUUUGAAGCCUACUUGCAAGAGGAGCUGAAGAUCAAGCGAUCCCUGUUCAAUUAUCACGACACUAGGAUUCAUGCCUGCCUGUAUUUCAUUGCACCAACCGGCCACUCGCUGAAGUCCCUGGACUUGGUCACCAUGAAGAAACUCGACAGUAAGGUGAACAUCAUCCCCAUCAUUGCCAAGGCUGACACCAUUGCCAAAAAUGAGUUGCACAAGUUCAAGAGCAAAAUCAUGAGUGAGCUGGUCAGCAACGGCGUCCAGAUCUACCAGUUCCCAACAGAUGAAGAGACGGUGGCUGAGAUAAAUGCCACGAUGAGUGUCCACCUUCCUUUUGCUGUAGUUGGCAGUACUGAAGAAGUGAAGAUUGGCAAUAAGAUGGCGAAGGCCAGGCAGUACCCGUGGGGUGUCGUGCAGGUUGAAAAUGAAAAUCACUGUGACUUCGUGAAGCUGCGGGAGAUGCUGAUCCGAGUGAACAUGGAGGACUUGAGGGAGCAGACGCACACCCGGCACUACGAGCUGUACAGGCGCUGUAAACUUGAAGAGAUGGGAUUCAAGGACACGGAUCCGGACAGCAAGCCUUUCAGUCUCCAAGAGACUUACGAAGCAAAGAGGAACGAAUUCCUGGGUGAACUCCAGAAGAAGGAGGAUGAAAUGAGGCAGAUGUUUGUCAUGCGAGUGAAGGAGAAGGAAGCGGAGUUGAAGGAAGCGGAGAAAGAUCUUCACGAAAAGUUUGACCAUCUAAAGAGGACUCACCAAGAAGAGAAGAAAAAAGUGGAAGACAAAAAGAAGGAACUUGAGGAAGAGCUGAACAACUUUCAGAAGAAGAAGGCGGCAGCUCAGCUAUUACAGUCCCAGGCUCAGCAGGCAGGUUCUCAACAAACCAAGAAAGACAAGGACAAGAAAAAGUAACGUUUUUGUCUUGGUACCUCUCAAUACAUGAUGUACAGCGACUGACACCUGAAAGAAUGUAAAUAGCCCCUCACUUACAAUAUGAAGGAAAUCCAGUGGCGUUGCCAUGUGAAGAUCCCAGUUCAAUUUAUCCAGGAUAAUCUUCUCCAUCCUGCGAAUUUCAGCUGGAGAACAACCACAGAAGCUGUCCCGAGCCAGCACCUUCAGUACCGGAAUCCGCUGCAACAGCCAAUGCAAAAGAGCAAUGAGAGAACAGUCAUUACAAAAAUUGCAUCAAGUGCUUCCUUCCUGUUGUGGCAAGUGCAGAGGCAGGGCUGACGAGAAUGUGUGCAGACAACGGUACGGUAGUAGGAACAAAUGAUUACCUCAUCUUCCUCAAUGGUCUUUGCAGCAAGGAAGAAGCAGCUGAUUGCAAUACAGUUCAGGUACUUUGGACGGGCCUAGGAUAGAGAAGAGCAGAGAAGUCCCUGCAUGAAUGCGAUGCCAAAAUGACGAAUAUUGCCAUGUGGUCAGACAUGCGGAGCCCCAGGGCCCUGCCCGCGCAGCGUGGUGUGGGUCAGCAGGCCCACCCCAGCCGCACCACGGCGCUGGCCGGUCGUGCCAAGCGAACGCCCGCGCACGGUGACGGGAGGCAGCACGGCGGCCUGCCAGCCUGCCACGGAACCUGGCGCCCAGCGCAGGGCAGAGCUCAAACAGCUCGUGUUGGGGCACGGCAGCAGGAGGAGCCAGAAGGGCCAGAGUGUCAUCAGGCACAGAAGCACUGCCCCUCACCUGCUGCAGGGGGGGUCAGACACACAGGAGGAGGAGAAAAGCAGAACUGGAAAACGCUGUCCUUGCCUAGGGAAGUGAAAACAGCCCUAAAAAUCACCACUCGGAAUUCUGUGGCCUGGGGACUACUGAGGGAGAGCUGGUCCCUUCCACUGCUUGUUGUUUUAGGGAAGGUGUUGGGUUUUUAUGUGCAUGGGAAACUCCUUUUUGGAGGGGUGGGAGCGCAGCACGAUGGGCUGUGAGGAUUCACACAGCCCCUGUGCUGGGCCCAGCCUGAGCCUGCACUCAGAAUGUGGCGCACCUGCUGGGGUUCUUGUUCAGUACUAUCUUUCCCAGUUUGAAGUCCUGACAAAGGACGUUGUUUCCACAUCAGUGUCAAGACCCUAGGAAGCACAACAGGCCGCGUUCCCCGCUCCAGAGCGGCCAGGCGCUGGGAAAGGGGGCGCGGAGGUUUCUGAGGCUCGUCGUGCCGGAGCUGCCAGCUGCAGCGCCCCGUCCCGCCUCCAGCAGGCUGGCAGCUGCUCCUCUGCCGUCCCUGCCGGGAGAUGCUGAAGGCGAAGGUAAGGGAAACUCCUGCACCCCGUGCCAAACUCCACCUAGAUGUAAACUGUUGCCAUGACGAAUUCUGGGUCGGUAAAAGCACAUAAAGCAGAGCUAUGGGGUGGCUGAAGGGUGAGAUCUUGGGUGUGACAGUCAUGCAAUGAGCUGUCAGGAAACCCACAACACCAGAAAACAAGAGAAGAACCCAGGAUUGUGUCCAAAAUGACCAUCUUGAACUACAGUCAGCCGCAGUUACUUAACAAGGACAAUUCUAGGCCUAGAGCACUGCCUUUCCAGUGCCAUUUCAACUUCAGCAUGUGCAGAGAAUGCGUCUGCUUGUGCAUUCAGGUCUUGCUGAAAGCAAUGAGAAUCAAUUCCCGCAGGGCAAGACUGUAACUUGUUCUUGACCGUGCAGGCAGCUUCAAAGAGAACUGUCAAGUUAGCACAAAAUGAUGUGCAGCGAAAAAGGACACCUGCGUUUUCAGGGAAAAGCAGAUGUCUGGAGCAGAUUCCUACCAUCAGGGAACCUUAUUCUUCCCUAUCUUUUCCCUAUUACUUUUAAUGUUAAUUUUGUUACCUCUUCUUCCCAAGCGCACCCUCUCUAGAGACCAGUCAUCUUAAUAAUAGAGUCCUAUGCGGUAGGGCCUGGUAGAAAACCCGGACAAACAACAACCCAACAAACACAACCCAGGGAUGAAGCUGCAUCAGAGGGAUGACGGUGUUGUGGGAGAGGAGGACAGGGAGGGCGCCCGGAGCCGUGAGCUCCCCCAGCCACACGCUGCCCAGCGUUCCCGCUCGCUGCCUGACGCACAGAGCCACUUCUUAUGUGUUCUGCUUUCCUUGCGCUCCUUGGCUGCUGCAAUUACUGAAAUAAAAGCUGUACUUGAGGGCAUUGGUUGUUGAGAGAUUUAAAUCUGUUUCUCAUCUCAGUGUUUCAGUAUAUCAGCUACUUUAAGAUAUCCUAAAAUCUUCCAUGGCUUGUAAUUUAAACAUUAGCAAUGUAUCUUAAUAUUGAAAGGGUAGGGUAAUAGUUGAUGUCACUCAAACUCCACCAAACUGGGUCACUGAAAGGCAGGGGCGCAGCCUGCGAAUGUGUGGUUUGCGUAGCUGUCCCCAGCCAUGCUGCUUACCCACUGGUGUGAGUGGGAUCAGACACACGUGCAGGUGAGACUGCGGAUCAGCCGCGCCCGGAGUGGGACUGAGCAAUACGGCAAGAGGUAAGGCUGCAGCGCCCGGCUGCACCGCUCGAGGCCAGGGAUCGUGCGCUGACCAACGGUUUGCUCAGACACUUGCAUGUAUGCAAAACGCAGCCUGAGCACAGCACUCGGAAGGGUGCUGCUUAAUCUUAGGUGAGUAUACAUUUAAACUAACGAGUUGCGUUACAGGAAGGCAAAGGGCAGACAGAACAGAGAGGGAAAAUAUUCUUGGUAGGCAGAAGCACUGGGGUCAGUUCCCUGAGAACUGUGUGUUCUCAUUAAACCAAUGGCUACUUUCCACCGGGUGAAAAUGACUAUGGAAAGGAUCUGUCUCCCAACGUACCUGCUGGCAGCGUGUGCUGCCAGUUCCACAACCCCAAAUUAUGUCCCUGGAGCAGUGCAGGCAGCAUCUGAUUAGAUAUGUGUGAAAAUGGAAGAGAGCAAGAGCAGAGCAGGAAGGAGGCAGUUCUGCACAGCCGCACCGCUCUGACUGUACCAGAAACAGCCGCGGGGGUGGUCUCGGUCUCUUUGGGUUGACGUAUCUGUAAAUGUUUACCUUUACUGCAGCUAAAAACCUGUCCAGAAGGCUGAUGGCCAGGGCGAGCGUUUCUGGAUAAAGGUGGAACUGGUAUUUGAGCUUGGCCAGCCACUGGAUGACCUCAUCCCUCUGCCUGGGAGAAAUGGCUGCGUCCUGUUGAGAAAAAACAAACUGUUCUUACACAUGCCGAGUCAGUCAGAAAAGACCAAACGCUUCACCUCUGCAGGAGUUAUUCAGCACGGAACAAAGGCUCUUUUGGUAAGGGGGAGCCUCGGACCAGCCUCAAUCCCCACUUUGUUCUUGCAGUUACUUACUCUGUCCCAAGAAGUGUGCUGUGGAAAGGACGACUUUGCUUACACCAGCAUCACGCAGACAUUGCUGUGUGUUGGGGACGAGACAAAGAUCUCUUCUAGUUCCUCAGGUACUGACAAGGGCUCCUCCAGUUCAGCUCUAAGAGGUUUUUUUCUUAGAGCCACACAGCAAAGCCUGGCUUGAACAAACCCGGCCUUGUUCUGGGAGCCAGGUGGGGGCACGGCUCCAGGCAGACACACGGGUGGAGGGACCCAGGUGGUAUUUUAAGAGGGAAGGUUUAUUUUUCCUUCAAAUUAUGGGGUAUUUUUAGCUCAGUCUGUGUUAAAAAAAGAAAAUUCCCAACAGUUUCCAAAGACCUUUAGCAAUACAGGUACGUGUGAUCCGAGGCCAAAACACAUGCACUUUCACCUAAGAAAAGGUUGGGCUUGCUGUUGCAUUUUUUGGUUGGUUUUUUUUUGGUUGGUUUAACUUUCUGGCACUAGUCACUGCUAUUGAUCUGUUUGGACAACCCCUGCAUCUCAAACACAAACACGCAUCAGUCACUGACAUAAAAUCUUUGAGUUCACUGACAGAGUUACAGCUUUUUCUAGAGCCUUUCAAUUCAACCAGGUACAUGUCUGGUCUGACUUAACAAGAAUGAUGUGGGGUGAUUAGUGAGAAGUGAAAGCAGACCGAUUUGUCCUGCUAUGCUUGGGUCCGAGUGCUCCUUGGGGCUGCUCGGCUGCUGCUCAGAGAGGGUUUCAGGGAAAGAAACGAAACGGCAAAUAAACCAGAGUCACUGCUGGGCUGGGUUCUAGCUGCUCCCUCAGCAAUAGCAGCCAGGGAGAAGUUGCACCAUUUUAGAAGAUAAAAACACCUUACACUGAUGCAAAAUAAAUACUUCAUGCUCUAUCCAUCACUGCCGUACCUACUGUGUGCCUCCCAGAGACAAUAAUGUGUUGUCAUGGGUCUGCUGCCUCGGAGCCAAGAACAUGUGUGAGAGCAGAGCAGCUUCGCACCUUUCAUUGUUCUCACAGCCUGACGUCUUUAUCCGUGCGCUUCACCUGCUCGCGGCGCUGGGCUCCCCAGCGGGACGGGGGAAGGUGGCACAGCUCCAGCCCUGGGGCUGAACUGGGCUGCUGCUCAUGGGCAUGAGUCCCACUGAACCGGGGUCACCCAGUUCCUUCAGAAAAACACAGCAGUACCACUGCUGGCAGGGGUCUGGGCUAAAGACACAGGGCUGGGGAAUCAAUACCGCUUCCUUCUACCUGUACUGCUCGAGCUAAUUAACAGAUAUUCCCCUCUGCCUGCAAACUGUGCCGAGUGCUCCGCUGAGAGCAAAGUCCUGCUGCGUUUGCUGUCCUGCAGCCCUGUGGGGACAGCAGCAUGUCCGAUCCACAUGGGCCUCUGUGCCCGGCUAUCGUGUGGCUCUUUAAAAAGCACUCUUUAAAAGUUCUUCAGGAGAGACAAUUUGCUUCCUCAAGUCCAAGAAACGCCACUUCUUUGUGAAGCAGUUGUUGCAGUUGGCGGGUGCACCCCGCGCCCCAGGAGGGCAGCACGCCCGCUGGCCCCAGCGCGCUGCGGCGUGCCAGAGCGCGGGGGCAGAAGGAACGCACGCGCAGCAGCGAGGAGUUUGUUAACGCUCCGCUGGCAACGUCAUCCUUUGGACAGCGGGACAGGGACCUGGAAUGUCUCUGGGGAGGAAAAUGGGCAAUACUGUCUGUCCUUACAAUAAAUACUUUUCCUGUAGCCAAGUGAGGACUCUGCAGCUGGAUCUAAUAUAUGCAGAAAAGGGAAGAGCGAUGGUUAAGAAGUUGUUCCUUAGUGUUUUAUGCGUUGCACCUAUUUUUAAAUUGAAAGAGAUGAAGCCACACAAAAGGGCUUUAUAACCACAGCUGGGUUUGGACAAUAUUGCAGAUUUAAAAGGCUUUUGAGUAGCUUAAAAGAUUAGUGUGGAAAUGCAGUGUCUGGGUGAAUCCAGCUGGUUAGCUCUGCGUGUACCUGCUAACAGCCAACCUGAAACCAGCCCAGCCAACAAAAUAAACACGGUUUUAAAAACCUG